AUCUUUCUCGUAGAAUCAAUAUCUAAAUUCCCAUCCUGAAACGAAAACCCUCUCUUCGAAUCUCCCAAUGGCGCUAAACUAAACCCUAAACGAAAACCCCUUUUGCAUUCCCCUACUUUCUCAAUCCCAUACCACACUCAAAUUCCGAUAUCACAAUCCAAACUAGAACCAGAUAUUACUGUUCGAAUUGAGAAGGAAUCAGAAAAAUUAGGGUUUCUCUGUCUCCGCCAUGUCGUCCGGAAAAGCCAAAGACGGGGACUUGCAGCUGGUGGCGCGGCCCGAGAGGAAGCUAAUGCAACCGCCAAAGCCUCCAACACCACCGCCGGCGUCGACGGCGCUCGUGGAGUACACGCCGCCGGUGUUCAAGGAGGAGGAAGAGGAUCUUGAGAUCAAGCUCCGGCGGAUUCUCGAAAACGUGCCCGUCCGAGUCAGCAACACUUCCGGUAGUUCCGCCGGUUCCGGCUCCGGUGACUUUCAUCAGUAUCGGCAGAUGAGACGGAAAGAACAAGACAGGCUUGCUAGAAUGGAGGUUGACUAUCAGAAAAGGAAAGAGGAGGCAGAGUUCAAUAUGAGACGGGAGGAAAGAUUGAAAGCAGCCGAAGAGCGGACAGCAAAGAAGCGUUUAAAACGUCAAAAGAAGAAGCAGAAAAAGAAAGAGAAGAGAAUGAAAACAAAUUCAGGUGGUGAAGAGAAUAAUCAGAAAGAAGAAUCCUCUGACGAUGACAAGAACUCUGAUGGUGAUGCUUCAGACUGAACAAGAUUGAGCCAAGUUUUAGGUUUUUGAUGCAUUGGUUCAAGUGUCAAGUAGAGGAACAAGCGAUCAUUCUUCUGAAGUCUAGAAUUUGCCAUGUUUGACCUAAGAUCGACUUAUGUAAAAUCUGAAAUGUAACACCCCAAGGAUCAGAAAUAUGGAAUUUGAAUCUAAUAUGCAACGGGGUUUAUGUUUUGCUAGCAGUUCCAUCAAUUGCAUGUGCUUCUUAUCAUAUGAUACAAUGAACGGAAAUGUAGAUUCGUAGUGGGUAUUUAUGCUGUCCUUUCAGUCCUUUAGAACAA